AUGCAUCUCUCGCAGACGCUGUUGAGUCUGCCGGCAUCGCUGGUGAUGUUGGUCGCAACGCAGCUACAAGCCCAGCAAAUACUCCUGCCGACGGCCAUCAAAAAAAUGUCGCUGGACGAGGGCGAGAAGAUCAUGCCAGAGCACCUUGGCUUUGCCCCAGAAUAUGCACCUUUGCAAUCUCGGCAACAGGUGCGCGCACUCUUGACGCCCGAGGAAGAGCUGCUGCUUGCAGUGAACUCGAGCGCAAUCAUAGGCUACAGGCCUCCAUUUGGUGUGCAUGCAGUUGGGGUUGAUGCGUUAGAGCUGAGAAACAACGGGCCGUCGUGGCGGCGGGCAAAAGAAGCUUUGCAUCGAUUACAAGGAAGAGAUUAUUCGUGCCCCACGAAUACCGAGAGUUGCGAGUCCAUUGGGCAGCCAAAUUAUUGCUGCGCGACAGGCGAGACCUGUGUUGAAGUGGAAGAUCAGCCAGAUGCCGGCAACGUUGGUUGCUGUCCCGAUGGCCAGACAUGUGGCGGCACUGUAGGGCCUUGCGGUAGUGACAGCACGGCAUGUGCAGCAGAGGUCGGAGGCGGCUGUUGCAUAUCUGGGUUCGUCUGUGCUCAGAUCGGAUGCAUUGCGAGCACGGUAACUGUCAUUACCAUGACGACGACGAGCUCGACGGUGCUCUCAGACUCAACCGCGGUCACGACGGUGGUGGUCACCACCAGCCCGAGUAUAAUAACGACAGAGAGCACAUCAACUUCAAGUACAUCGACUUCAAGUACAAUUGUUUCGACGUCAACUGCCUCUGCAACAGACACGGAUACCACAUCGACCACUACAGGGACUGCGCUGCCCCCUUGGCGUCCUACCAGCGGUUCCGAAAGUAACACCAUCACAACAACAUCUGCCGACUACUGUCCGACCGGAUUUUAUGCAUGCCUGGCUACAUACGGCUCGGGAUGCUGUCGUACCGGUAGAGACUGCGUGACCACAUCGUGCCCUCCCAUCUCGUCCACAACAAUCACAUCCAACGGUGCGACGAUUGUCGUGCCAGCGUCUGAUGUGCCCACCACUACAGCAACAUCCACCUGCGCAUCUGGCUGGUACUUGUGUGGCACUGCUGCGGGCCCCGUCGCUGGAUGCUGCCCGAGUGGGUACGCCUGUGGUACAGCCAGCUGCACCUUGAGUGCAACUACGGCCACAGCGACGGUGCAAAAAGAACUCCCGAGCAAUGCGUCUAGGACGACUGGAAUACUGUCACUAGCCAUGGGGGUUGCCGGUUUGUUGGUGGUUCUCAUGACAUAA